GGAGGAGCUGUGUUUGACAGAGAACCUUUGUACUGGACAAAGAAGUCUUCAUAUUAGAUAGAUCAGCCUGACUGCUGCCGGUCAUUUAAUGCUGAACUUGGAGGAGGCAUAACGCUAAUCAGUAGAGUAGGUGUGAGUAUUGAUUGUAUCCUAGUUAGCAACCUAAUUUAACCUUUGUCUUAAUUCCCUUUGUAUUCUUGGAGGGUAUCUGGGAAUGGUUAAGACUUUACAUACUGACUGCUACAAGAACGAUACAGCUUGAUGAUUCAUGUGUUUGAUCUAGUUUGUCUGCAGAUUUGAAAUGUUCCUAAAGAAUACGGUCUUAUAUUUAGGGGACAUUACAAGGCAGCAAAAAUGAAGCGCUCCCUUGGACUUUGCUUGGUGGUCUGUUUUGGGAUACUCGAUUUGGGCUGUGCACUUCGGUGCUUCAAGUGCUCCGAUUACACAGGCCGCUGUGAAAAUGUUCAAGACUGCACUUAUGAAGAUUCCUGUUUAUCUCUGAGUGAAAGAGGUGGGAAGACAAUUCGACAGUGUAUCAGAUACACAGAUUGUGACAAUUCUCGGCUGUCCCAGAUGUUCCCUGCAGUCUCCGGAUUCACGUACCGGUGUUGCAGCAGCAACCUGUGUAAUAGUAGUACCACUAUUGCCACGAGAGGGCCAGUUUUCGCUUUGAUGGGGUCACUAUUGGUCUUCUGGUGGUCCUCACUGUGAGCUCCAACUGCCAUGCACAGCUGACGCAGAGCCGUCAAUGGAGCUGGAGAUUGAUUGCAGUCAGUCAGUAAUAUGAUUUUAUGUUAUUGUUGAUAAGAGUUAAAUUUGUUGUUUAAAUUGUGGAUGAACAAUGUCCGAUUUAGCUGCAGUCUUCCUGUUUUCUCAAAUGCUUUUUUUCAGUGAACUAACCUAGAGGAACACUCAAAAUAGAAAUCUACAUGUCUAUUUACUUUGGUUGUUGUAAAUUGAUACUUGACAGUUAUGUGCAUAUUUGGGUUAGGCCAUUAGCUUUAGAAGCAUCGGGCUAAGACAACCUCGUUCAUCCAAUAAUGAAUAACCGGGAACAUAGUACAUGCACAGGUCCCGUGUGGCUCAGUUGGUAGAGCAUGGUGUUUGCAACGCCAGGGUUGUGGGUUCAAUUCCCACGGGGGACCAGUACAGAAGAAAUGAAAAUGUAUGAAAUGUAAGUCGCUCUGGAUAAGAGCGUCUGCUAAAUGACUAAAAUGUAAUGUAAAAUGUCUAUCCAUACUGUAGUCUGAAGGAGGGUUUCCUCCCACUUUAUGUACACUUACUACAACCUCAUUUUACCAUGAUGAUUAGUCAAUUUCACUAGGAAUGCAGAAUAGUCGUGAAGAUAGGCUGCACAGAUCGGAUGGGAUAUGCUAGUAGUCUAUUCACCCACCUAGGCACCUACUCACCCAAGUCAAGACUGAAAAAAAUGUAAGCUGAAAAUAUAUUUCCCCAGUGUUUUAAGUUGUGAUAAGAAAUAUGUUUCAAUAACAUUUAAAACCAUGUUAAAAGUUGUAAAUUGUCAAUCAGUUUUAUUCUCACUUGUAAAAGACUCACCCAAACCAAUAAAAUGACCUACCGGUAUUUGAAA